UGGGAUAUCAGUAGGCAAUGGGCUAUCAGAAGGCAAUGGGAUACUAGAAGGCAAUGGGAUAUCAGUAGACAAUGGGAUAUCAGUAGACAAUGGGACACCAGAAGGCAGCACUGGGAUAUCAGUAGGCAAUGGGCUAUCAGAAGGCAGUGGGAUACUAGAAGGCAAUGGGAUAUCAGUAGACAAUGGGAUAUCAGUAGACAAUGGGAC